AAAUGCUGUUACAAAAUUCGCCAGUGAUACUAAAGCGUCAUCGGCACAACUUUCAUUGAGCCAGUUUAAAUAUUCACUGAACAAUAAUUUUAUUGUGGAACAAAAACAAAAUGCAUGCUGCAAAGUGGUUUAAUAUUUUAGCCUUGUUGCAAGUCGGUUUUGCUCAAGACUUGGAUGUAGGCUACUUGAAAAUUUUACAAGACGGCUUAAUAAAUGUCGGAACUAUGCAACAAGGUGGAAUUCCUGGUGCAAAUAUUUUAUCAUUAAUUGGACCUCUUUUACAGCAAAACCAAGAUUUGAUAAUAAAUUAUGCCUCGGAUACAUUAACUGAGAGUUUGGAUGAGGCGUCGAGGAACUAUACAAGUGCUCUCUGUCUAAACCAUACAGAACUGUUUAUCAAGGCAUUGUUCCGCCGAGAGAACUGGGCACUCAGAAUGAUUGAUGCCUUUGGCAAACCUGGUCCUGGGUUAAUGGACUACAGUCUAAAGUUUGUGGGAAAUUUUGAUGAAUGCAUCGCCAUACAAGCCGACAGGUACACUGACCCAGCUAAAAAGCAAGGACUAGAUCACCCAUACACCGGGAAGUAUUGUACUGGACAUGUGCAGUUAUCAAAAGAUUCUUCUGGCGUGACGGGUCCGCUGGAAGCUUCAAUUGGCAUGUGUUUACCGGAUUCGUGUUCAGACGCCGACGGAUCUACACUUAUGAAUAUAGUGGCUUUAAAACUAUUCAAAAACAUGUCAUUGCCAACUAUUUAUGCGACCUGUCAAGAAAAAUCUAUCGAGUUUACAGAUAAAGCCCUUGCAGUCAGCAUCGUCGGUGCAAUUUUCGCCGCUAUAAUUAUCUUAGCUACAGCAUAUGACGUCAUCAUUCAACAUUUUCUUCAAAAACAACCAAAAUUAUACGAAAAGGACAAAUGCGAUCUUACAUAUGCUAAUGGUAUACAAAACAAUGCUUUCACUAUCACUGAGGAGAAAAUAUCAAACGGUGACAGUUUGAAAAACGGAAAUGUUACAAAGGACUUCAAGGACAUUGAAAAGACGAUGCCUAAUGCUAUCAGUUUUGAGAAAACGUCGUAUAAACCGGGUAUACUUGGAAAGCUUCUACUCUCUUUCUCUGUGUAUACAAACGCUCCUAAAAUCCUCAACACGAGUCAACCUAAAGGAACGCUGACAUGUGUGAAUGGAAUUCGCUUUAUCGGCACGACCUGGGUCAUCCUGGGUCAUACAUACAGAAUUGGGUUCACAACGGCAGGAAAUGCUGCAACUUAUUUCCCAGCGCUGACAAAGCGAUUUACCUUCCAAGCUAUUAUGAACGCAACUUUUUCUGUAGACACAUUCUUUGUCCUCAGUGGCCUGUUGGUAUCAUAUCUUUCAUUGAAGGAAUUGAAAAAGAGAGGAGGGGCGUUGAAGUUUAACUGGCUACUCUUUUACUUCCAUAGAUACUGGAGACUUACACCGCCUUAUAUGCUUCUGUUGAUGCUGUAUGUACCAACAUUUAAGUACUGGGCAAGUGGGCCUUUAUGGCCUCAAAAAGGCAUUGACGUAAAUGAAUGCGAGGAUAGCUGGUGGACAAAUAUGUUGUAUAUAAACAAUCUAUACAAAUCGGACCAGUGUAUGGGAUGGAGUUGGUAUCUAGCGAAUGACAUGCAGUUUUAUGUCAUAAGCCCUCUGAUGUUGAUUCCGCUGUUUUAUUCCCCGAUUGCUGGAGCUGUGGUUUGUUUUGCACUCCUACUCGGAACAUUCAUCUGUGCUGGAUUGGUAGCUAGUCAUUAUGACAUUGCGGCAAAUAUGAUGUUCAGUAAAGAUGUCGGAGUGGCAAUGGACAAAAUGUAUUAUAAACCAUGGACUCGUGUCGGACCAUACAUUGUUGGUUUCUUUCUGGGUUACAUCUUGUACAAAACAGAAUGCAAAGUGAAAAUGUCAAAGCUAUUAAACUUGGUCGGAUGGGCUAUAGCAACAGCUAUGGCAGUCAGUGUGUUAUAUGGACUGUAUACACCAGAGGGAAAUCUACCAGACCUUUCUAAAGGCGUAUCUGCCCUCUACAAUGCUACGUCUAGAACUGCCUGGGGAAUAAGUGUUGCAUGGGUGAUAUUUGCAUGUGCUACUGGAUAUGGGGGACCUGUCAACAGCCUGUUGUCAUGGCGAGGAAUUAUCCCACUUAGUCGUCUCACAUACUGUGCAUACCUUGUACAUCCAAUUGUGAUGUCCCUUUACUUUUACAGUAGAAAAACUAUGAUGUACUGGUAUGACCUCAAUCUAAUUUACCUUUUCCUGGGACAUCUCUGUAUAUCGUAUGCGGCAGCGUUUGUGAUAUCUCUAGCUUUUGAAUCGCCCAUGAUGGGACUAGAGAAAGUGCUGCUUGGGAGGAAGAAAAAUAGUUAGAUUAAUCUGAAUAUGAAGGAGGCAAAUUGUUGAAUAUAAGAUUCAUGUAUAUAUAUUGAUGGGAUUCAUUGUCCAUGUAUUACUGUCGGUCUAAUAUUAUUGUAUCAGUCAAAGUAAUUAUAUAUAUUUCCAUGCAACGAAUCGCUUUUUCUAUUGUUUUAUAUAUGUGAUUAAAUGCUCUUUUUUUCAAAAUCAACUAUGACCCUUUAACAUUUUUAUCACAAUUGUUGAACAAUUAACAUCUCGAAGAAGUGUGAUCCUUUGGAAGUAUUACUCACAACACUUGUUUGUCUUAUUGUAAUUUAUAUUGUGAAUUAUGACCUUUAAAGAAAGCUGGCAUGUUAAUAAAAAUCAUUGAAACGUAACUAUAUAAACAUGGGUACUCUAUCGCGAAGGCAUCUUUCUUAGACUGUACUGUCGCAGGAAACAUUCUUAGCAUUGUCAUUAGUAUGUAAUUUUUGAAUAUUCGUAAAAAUAGCCAGUUAAUUUUUAGAAGUUGCAACACAAUUAUGUGAAUAGCCAUGUGUUGUCACAAGACACAUUCAUUGACGGCGAAAAUUAUUAUCCGCGAUUACCUUUUGCAAAUUAUUUGAUUGUUUUU